AUGGCUCAAGCAAACAAAAUAAAAUGUCCCAUGCGUUGGAUAGAGCAAAAAAAGACUGGUCGAGAUUGGUUCACAGGAUUUUUAAAAAGAAACCCAAAACUAUCUGUUAUAAAAUCAGAGGCAACUUCAAUUGCGAGAGCAUCAGCAUUUAAUCGGUAUACUAUUGGUAUUUUCUUUAACAAACUACAAGAAGGUAUAUCAGAGUCUAAAACAAUAUCAUUUAAAAUUUUAAAUCUUGAUGAGACAGGUUUUACUACUGUGCAGAAAACCUCUCGUGUCAUUGCAUCAAAGGGAACAAAGCAAGUCGGGCAAAUAACAUCUAGAGAAAGAGGUGAAUUAGUAACAGUGUGUUGCAUUGUCUCUGCAGCUGGUGUAGCAAUACCACCUGUUAUUGUUUUUUCAAGAAAAUUAAUUAGAAACCCACUAAUGAGAGGAGCACCAGAAGGUUCUAUUGAAUUAGCUAAUCAAUCUGGAUGGAUGAAUGCUGAAAUAUUUACAGAUGUUUUAAAGCAUUUUGUUAAGUUUGCUUGUCCAAUCACAAAGUUUUAUUGA